AUGCUUAGGGCGCUUCUCACACGAAUGGUUAUUGCCGACCACAUUGACGCGGAGAUGACUUCAAGGGAGGCUAGGGAAAAGGUAGAGGACGAAUUAAAUCGUAACGGAGUCGAAAUCAGAGACAUUUUUGUGAUUCGAGGGAAAUCUUACCGUCCGGAAUCUCCUGAACGUAGAAAGGAGUUUGCUGACCGCAUAACUAAAUAUUUAAAAAAGGCCAUGGGAAGACAGAAUUUGAUUUAUGGGAGAUCUGAAAUUGAUGGCUACUCUUUGAAUGAGGAAAAUGGCUCACCUGCCCUACCGUUUACAGUCAACGUGUUACCUGUGACGGAUGCGCGCGAUUAUGAAAUGAUGGCUGAAGUUGUGUUUGAUUCCUUCGAAAAUUUCGACAGAAUAACAGCCGUUUUUGUUAAUGAAAUGACCAAUCAUAUUCCGCUUUCGAUGGGGCUUGAUAACAACAAGCGUACUGUUAGUUUCCAUUUAAAACUUUUUUUGCAUCCUCACUGAUU